AUGGACGGGCUCGUAACAAAGAGCACACUCGAUGACAUCCUCUCUAUGGACCACAAGCCACCCUACCCGCCAAAAUAUGAUGUAGUAUUUGUGCAUGGAGUACAUGGCACCAAGGCAUCCUCUCAGCGAUUCAUCGAACUUUUUCGGAAAGAUGAUGAUCGGGUUCGAGUUCUCUCGUUCACUUACUACUUGGGCAGUAGUCACAGUGAAAGCGCCUAUAAUUCCCAUGGACUGCGUGCUCGGGCAUUGCUCUUGCUUCAGGGAAUUCGGAACAUGUGCCACGAAACCGAUGCGCUUAUACUAAUUGCUCAAGACUUUGGUGGUAUCCUGGCCAAGAAGGCCAUAGCGUUGGCCUAUGAUAAUCCGUCUCUUAACGACCGCUUUCUUCGGCAGAUCUACGCAAUGGUAACUAUGCCACCCCCCCCCUUUAUGUACACUGGACGUCUAACUCUUGUGAGCUCAGGCAUACUGCAAUUGGCACAAACCCUUACCGAUUUGACCAUAGAUGUCAAUGCAGAAUUCUAUCAUACUGUUGCAUUAGUGAAUAUGAGAGUAGCCAAUGUGUUCUCCAAAGCAGCCGCCAUCACAGAUCGCAGCAGUGAGAAUUCCCACGGAGAUCUCUUCACCACAGAAAAUUUGCUGGAUCUGAGUGUCAAUGCCCUAGAUGUUGGGGGCCGCCUACUCAUGUUCCCGGUCGCCUCUUCAAUCCGCCCUCUCCCGUUAAAGAAGGCUGAUCUUGACUCCCCUACGAGGGAGAUCAUUCGGAAUCUGGUGAAACAUCCUGCUCUAUGUCAGCCCUGGAGGCUUGCACAUAUGAGUAUCGUUGGUAGAGACAUUGCGGAAGAGCAGGACAGCAAAUGCCCGUUGGCGGUGGCUGCGAGCAUAGGACUUGAGGAUGUGGUCGAUCAUUUUCUGCAGGAGCAGAAGCCCGACUGCGGCGAUCUGGCGGGUGCGAUCAACGAGGCAGCAAGGAAUAACAGUGUCCAAGCCCUUCGGACGCUUCUCAAAGCACGAACUACUCUCGGGGUAGACGCUGUUAAUGCAGCAAUUCAAGCGGCUGAAUUCAAUCCCAAUGUUUCUAUUCUGUUGGAGCUUCUGCGUUGUCAACCUGCCAAGGACCUGUCUGAUAUAACUGUGGCUGGGGUGUUGCGCGGGGUCUGUAUCUUCCGCCUGAACGACAUGAUGCAAUAUCUGAUUGAAUCGAACGCCCUGGAUGCCCAUCCCUCUCUUACGGCGGAAGUACAUCCGCUCCACCUUGCAGCGAAGUUCAACACGAUUGGCAUUGUUCGGCAAUUAUGUCACGCUGGUAUCGACCCAAUGGCCGUUGAUGAUGACGAGUCCACCGCUUUGCACACGGCAGCCUUGUAUAACUCACUCGGGGUGGUCGAUAUUCUACUCCAAGCGUCUGGGGACCUUAUCGGCGCAAGAAAUAAAGCAAACCUGUCAGCGUUACAAGUUGCCUGUCAAGCUGGGAGCCACAGUGUAGCGCGCUGCCUCAUACAGGCAGGGGGUGUAAUGAGCUACGCGAAUGAUAAGUAUCAUCCAAUGCUCUUUGCGGUCCGUGAAGAGCACAAGGUAUGUGUGCAGAUAGUUCUGGAGUCUCUCGAAACGUCUCAAGUAUCUGGCGUGGCUGUAAUGCCACUUCUUUAUGCCGUCGUUCAAAAUGAGCUGGCAAUCGCUCGCCUCUUGCUAAGGGCUGGGGCCAACCCCAAUCCUCCGCUGGACGGUAGACCUUGGCCCACCUCUCCCCUGUAUUACGCAACGAUCAUGCCCAAGUUGGAGAUGGUGGAGCUUCUGCUAGAAUCCAACGCAGCCGUCAAUCAGCCAGACCCGGACACCGGGAAUACACCACUAUUCAGUGCAGCGUGCCUAUUGAAGACCGAAAUGGUCCGGUGCCUAGUUAAAUCCAAAGCCGAUGUCAACCUGUGCAACAAAGACGGUUUAGCUCCUCUCCAUGGGGCCGCCUCUCAAGGACACCUGGGAGUCACCGAGCUGCUACUUGAAGCCAAUGCCGACCCAAAUGUUGAAGACGAGGGUGGCUGGCGGCCACUACAUAAGGCUCACAACCACGCCGAAGUCACCCGCUUGCUUUUGGCCCAAGGUGCCGAUAUCAACGCGAUAUGUGACCACGGCUCGCCCCUCUACCUCGCAAGUGAUGCAAACCAACCGGAGGUGGUCCAAGUCCUCUUGACUCAUAACCCCCCGCCUAACCUGUACUAUGAAAAAAACGGGUUUAGCUCGCUAGCAGUGGCAAUCCGUGACAGUUCUACUGAGAUCACCGCCCUGCUCUUAAAGGCUGGGGUAGAUGUUAACCGCAAGCUCUAUGGGCGAUUUUCCCCGCUCAUGGUGGCCGUUGAGCGUGGCUGUGAAGCUACUGUCCAAAUGAUUCUGGAGUACCAGCCUGAGUUGAAUUGGAAGACUGAUGAUGGGUUUGGUGCCCUGCACUGCAUGAUGGAAGAAACACCGGUAUCUCUUGUUGAGCGCCUAAUUCGUCGCGGUGUCGAUCCGGAUCUCACCAAUGCGAGGGGGGCAAGCAUAAUAUGGACCGCUGUGGAGGUGAAAAAUCUAUCCGUUGCGCGAUAUCUCGCGUCGGUGGUUAAGGUGAAACUGGAUACCCCCGUGCGCUGUGAAGCUAUCUUACACUCCGCAUGUCGCUACGACAGCCUGGCGAUGGUUCGGAUCUUGGCCGAUGCUGGGGCAGAUGUUAAUCUUGCGUGUCCAGGAGUGUACGGCACCCCACUGCAGGCGGCCUGCCGUCGCACAGUCGUUAGCGAACCGCCAGGUGAGACCCUGAAAAUUCUCCAGUACUUGAUCGAGAAGGGAGCCCAGGUCAACGCCCGGGGCGGGGAUUUUCACACCUGCCUACACAUGGCGUGCUUUUCUAGCACGCCGGAGGUCAUCAAGUUCUUUCUUACUCAAGGAGCUGAGGUCGACUGUGAAGACUCGGUGGGUCGGACUCCCGCCCACAUUGUAUGCUACCGGGGGCAGGAACACUACCAGAUAUUGAACCCUAGUACCAGUCAGCUGGUGGCCCGAGACUGGACUCAACGCACAGCAUUGCACUAUGCUGUAAUGAGUGGAGAUUUGGAACUAGUUCAACGGGUUUUAGACAGCCACAAAUGCGACCCUGACCACCGAGACACAUACCGACAACUGGUCGAUGACGACCUAUGGACGCCGUUGCAUUGGGCAGCAAGAAGCACCCAAGCCAUACAGGAAGAUAAGAAGGAUACGGUCUCCGUGAUAAAGUACCUGCUGGAAGAAGGCUAUGAUCUCACCGCCAAAGGCAAGGCAAUGAAUCAAGAGUGGACGGCGCUGGACGUCGCAAUCUAUCACGGUGCCGAUGAGGAGAUCAAGACCCUCCUGAUCCCAGUAAAAUCAGGGGAGCAUGUUACAUUCACACAGCGGCGACCUGGCAAGAGAUAUUAUGGCGAUGACUCUUUCUGCUACAUUUGCCUUGCGGACAUCGUCGGCUUCUGCCUGGAAUGUCUUAGCUGUGAGGACUUCAUCAUCUGCUUCAAAUGUCAAGCCUCUCGGCACAUAUUACAUCCCAAGCAUGAAUUUUCGCAGACAACGCAGGAGUACGAUUCGGAGGUAGAGGAGUGGGAGCCCCCGGGAGAGUAUGUCAUUUCGGAUAGCCCUGUCCGUGCAGAGCCAGAGAUGCUUGCUCAGCCUGCCUUUGAUGGCGAAGUCCUAGACUUUGGGGAUUCAGAUGAAGAUGACACACCGGUGUGA